CCCAGAGCAGCUUCGGGACCAACAGCGUCGUGGAUCCUCCGUCUUUUGGUCUUCCUCGUUCCCCGAUUCGUUUCACGAGAGGAAGUUCUUCGUCAUCAUGUCAUUGUCUAUGCCCGGUCCCUCCCAGGCGGGCCUCUUCAAGCCUGGUUACCAGAGCCACGACGCCGAAGAUGGUGCCGUUAUCCGCAACAUCGAAGCCUGCCAGGCUAUCUCGCAGACCGUCCAAACGUCGCUUGGUCCCUACGGCCGCAACAAGAUCGUCAUCAACCACCUGCAGAAGAUGGUCCUUACCUCGGAUGCGGCUACGAUUCUGCGUGAGCUGGACGUCGUGCACCCCGCUGCCAAGCUGCUGGUCAUGGCCAGUCAGCAGCAGGAUGCGGAGAUGGGUGAUGGCACCAACCUGGUCAUCAUCCUGGCCGGAGAGUUGUUGAAGAAGGCUGAGGAGUUGCUGCGCAUGGGCCUGAAGACGAGUGAUAUCGUGCAGGGCUACGAGAAGGCACAGAACUUUGCCCUCAAAGUAUUAGAAGAUCUCGAAGUCGACCGUUUGCAGGAACUUCGCUCCCAGGAAGAACUCAGCAAGGCUCUCCGAACAGUCGUCGCUAGCAAGCAGUCCGGAACGGAGGAUACCCUGGCCUCGCUAGUCGCCGAGGCCGUUCUCGCCGUCCUCCCCAAGAACCCCGUCAACUUCAAUGUCGAUAACGUUCGUGUGGUUAAGAUCAUGGGUGGUAGUCUGGAGCAGUCCCGCGUGGUGAAGGGUAUGGUUCUCGGCAGAGAGCCGGACGGCACGGUCAAGAAGGCCACCAAGGCCAAGGUCGGUGUUUUCAGCUGCCCUCUCGACAUCUCCCAGACCGAGACCAAGGGUACCGUGCUCCUGAAGAACGCCCAGGAGAUGCUCGACUUCACCAAGGGUGAAGAGGAGCGUCUGGAGGCCGCCAUUAAGGAACUGUACGACUCGGGACUCCGCGUCGUCGUCUGCGGCUCCACCGUUGGUGAUCUCGCCAUGCACUACCUCAACCGCUUCAACAUUCUCGUGAUCAAGAUUCUCUCCAAGUUCGAGCUCCGCCGACUCUGCCGUGUCGUCGGUGCCACCCCUCUGGCUCGUCUGGGUGCGCCCAUGCCCGACGAGAUGGGCAGCAUCGACGUGGUCGAGACGACCGAGAUCGGCGGUGACCGUGUCACCGUCUUCCGCCAGGAGGCCCCCGAUACCGUGACCCGGACCGCCACCAUCGUCCUGCGCGGCGCUACCCAGAACCACCUGGAUGACGUCGAGCGUGCCAUCGACGACGGUGUCAACGCCGUCAAGGCCAUCACCAAGGAUCCCCGUCUGGUGCCCGGUGCGGGCGCGACCGAGAUCCAGCUCGUGGAGAGGAUCUCUGCCUUCGCCGACCGAACCCCCGGUCUGCCUCAGCACGCCAUCCGCAAGUACGCCGAAGCCUUCGAAGUGAUCCCGCGCACACUUGCCGACUCCGCCGGACUGGACGCCACCGAGGUCCUUUCCCGUCUCUACACAGCCCACCAGCAGCGUUCGAGCGCCUCGGAGGGAUCUUCGGGCGACGGUAGCUCCGAGGAGGCGGACCCUUACUGGACUACGGGUGUUGACCUCGAGUCGAGCGCCUCGACUGGCACCCAGGACGCCGUGGAGGAAGGCAUUCUGGAUCUGAUGGCCUCCAAGAGCUGGGCUAUUCGUCUGGCCAGCGAGUCGGCGCGGACGGUGCUCAGCGUGGAUCAGAUCAUCGUGGCGCGACAGGCGGGCGGUCCCAAGCCGCCAGGCCCCAACCCCAACUGGGACGAGGAUUAAAUGAGAUGAGCUAGCUAGGGUGAUUCUAUGUCUAAUUGGGUGUUAAAAUCAGAAUGGGAUAGAGACAUGAGAUUAUGAAAAGUCCAUUCACCGUUUGGGGAGGAGUAGUUAGUAAUGAGGGUUACUGUCUAUAAUGAGGAUACGGCAUGAACUCAUUC